CACGGUACCUCCAAGUGUUCAUGUGAGCACCAGUUUGUUAUCAUUUCACCAGUGGGACUGGAGUGUCAGUCACACUUGGGGCAUUUGUCUAUCCCCCCUGAGCCAUCAGAGAAGGUGAAGUCCAGUGUGACCGUGGAUCUGCGCUCCGGGUCCGUGUCUGGGAGUGCUGCUGCUCAGUGGGAGUGUUGGCCCUGGACAGGGAGUGGGAGGGUCACAAGAAACCCGGCAGGACGCGCACAGUACGUCCGCACGGACACAAACUAGUCACACUGAGUGGGCUGACACGCAAGUGACUGAACUCAAGUCUUCCACCAGUGUAUGUGGAGGAAUAGGCGCCCACCCGGAGGACAGAGACCACCACCACAGCGCUUUUUGACCUCGGUUCUUUUAAGGUAGUGGCUAGUGACGGGGUGCGGGCUAUGAUGGAGUCGGCCCUGACAGCCAGAGACCGGGUGGGAGUGCAGGACUUUGUUCUGUUGGAGAACUACACCAGCGAGGCGGCUUUCAUAGAGAACCUGCGCAAACGCUUCAAAGAGAACCUCAUCUAUACAUACAUCGGUUCAGUGCUGGUGUCAGUCAACCCGUACAGAGAACUGGAGAUCUACACCAAGAAUCAUAUGGAACGAUACAGAGGAGUCAACUUCUAUGAGGUCUCACCACAUAUUUAUGCAGUGGCAGACAACUCCUACCGCUCCAUGAGGACAGAGAGGAAGGACCAGUGCAUUUUGAUUUCUGGGGAGAGCGGAGCUGGGAAGACGGAAGCAUCCAAGAAGAUUCUGCAGUACUACGCUGUCACAUGCCCAGCCAGCGAGCAAGUGCAGACCGUCAAAGAUCGCCUCCUGCAGUCGAACCCCGUUCUGGAGGCUUUUGGUAAUGCCAAGACAUUGCGAAACGACAACUCGAGCCGCUUUGGCAAGUACAUGGACAUUCAGUUUGACUUCAAGUACCCUAGCCUUACCCUCUCCUCCUCUUCCUCCUUCCCCUCUUGCCCUCUGUGGCCUUUGUCUCGUCGGCAGGGCGCCCCGGUGGGAGGCCACAUUAUCAACUACCUGCUGGAGAAGUCCCGUGUGGUCCACCAGAACCAUGGAGAGAGGAACUUCCACAUUUUUUAUCAGCUGAUAGAAGGUGGGGAGGAAGACCUGCUGAGACGCCUGGGGCUAGAGAGGAACCCCCAGCAGUACCAGUACCUGGUCAAAGGCAACUGUCCCAAAGUGAGCUCCAUCAACGACCGCAGUGAUUGGAAGGUGGUGAGAAAAGCUCUGACUGUGAUUGGCUUCAAUGAGGAUGAGGUAGAGGAGUUGCUGAACAUCAUUGCCAGUGUUCUCCACCUGGGGAAUGUGCAGUACGGUGGGGAGGAAGGCAAUGCCAGCAUCACUUCUGACACACAGAUAAAGUACCUGGCCAGGUUGUUAGGAGUAAAUGGGGCAGUACUGACAGAGGCUCUCACACACAAGAAGAUAAUUGCCAAGGGAGAGGAGUUGAUGAGCCCACUCAACCUAGAGCAGGCGUCAUCGGCUCGGGAUGCCCUGUCCAAGGCGGUGUAUGGACGCACCUUUACCUGGCUGGUUAAUAAAAUCAACGCUUCACUGACAUACACAGAUGACUCAUACAAGCAUUACUCCGUCAUUGGCCUGCUGGAUAUUUAUGGCUUUGAGGUGUUCCAACACAACAGCUUCGAGCAGUUCUGCAUCAACUACUGUAAUGAGAAGCUGCAGCAGCUCUUCAUUGAACUCACCCUCAAGUCGGAGCAGGAGGAGUACGAGUCUGAAGGCAUCACGUGGGAGCCUGUGCAGUAUUUCAACAACAAAAUCAUCUGCGAUCUGGUGGAGGAGAAAUUUAAAGGCAUUAUCUCGAUUCUGGAUGAGGAGUGUCUCAGACCUGGAGAUGCAAGUGACUUCACCUUCCUGGAGAAGCUGGAGGACACUGUGGGAGGACACCCACACUUUGUCACUCACAAACUGGCUGAUGGAAAGACCCGGAAGGUAAUGGGCCGUGAUGAGUUCAGACUGCUGCAUUACGCUGGAGAGGUCAACUACAAUGUCAAUGGCUUUUUGGACAAGAACAAUGACCUGCUCUUCAGAAACUUGAAAGAGGUUAUGUGUAUGUCAGAGAACAAGAUCUUGACCCAGUGUUUUGACAGAGAGGAACUGAGUGACAAGAAACGCCCUGAAACGGCAGCCACCCAGUUCAAGGCAAGUCUGGCGAAACUCAUGGAGAUCCUCAUGUCCAAGGAGCCAUCGUACAUUCGCUGCAUCAAGCCCAAUGACUCCAAGCAAUCAGGUCGGUUUGAUGAGGUGCUGAUCCGUCACCAGGUCAAGUAUCUGGGUCUGAUGGAGAAUCUGAGGGUGAGGAGGGCAGGCUUUGCUUACAGACGGCGCUACGAGGUCUUCCUGCAGAGGUACAAGUCCCUGUGUCCAGACACAUGGCCUAACUGGCAGGGCAAACUGGCUGAUGGAGUGGCCAUCCUGGUCAAACACCUGGGAUACAAGCCUGAGGAGUACAAACUGGGCAGAUCAAAAAUCUUCAUCCGUUUUCCAAAGACCCUGUUUGCUACUGAGGAUGCAUUAGAGACCAGGAAACACAGUCUUGCUACCAAGCUCCAGGCAGGAUGGCGGGGCUACAGCCAAAGGUCCAAAUUCCAAAAACUCAAAACUGCAGCUAUCGCCAUCCAGGCCUGGUGGAGAGGUAUCUUGGCCAGGAGGAGAGCCCAGCGCAGGCGAGAGGCUGCUGAUACUAUCCGCAGGUUCAUCAAGGGCUUCAUCUACCGCCAUAAGGAACGCUGUCCAGAGAAUGAGUAUUUCCUGGAUUAUGUGCGCUACUCGUUCCUUAUGAAGCUGCACAGGAAUCUGCCAAAGAAUGUACUGGACAAGAGCUGGCCAACUCCACCAGCUGCACUUGUUGAGGCAUCAGAACAUUUGCGGAAGCUGUGCAUGCAGAACAUGGUGUGGAACUACUGCAAGAAAAUCAGUCCUGAGUGGAAACAUCAGUUGGAGCAAAAGAUGAUUGCUAGUGAGAUCUUCAAGGACAAGAAGGACAACUACCCACAGAGUGUGUCCAAGCUGUUUGUCAGCACAAGACUCAAUGGAGAGGACAUUAACCCCAAAGUGCUUCAGGCUCUGGGCAGCGAGAAGAUGAAGUAUGCAGUGCCAGUCACCAAAUAUGACAGGAAAGGCUACAAGGCUCGGCCCCGCCAGCUGCUACUCACCAGCAGCAGUGCCAUUAUUAUAGAGGAGGCCAAACUCAAGCAGCGCAUCGACUAUGGAGCUCUGAAAGGUAUCUCAGUCAGCUCUCUCAGCGAUGGCCUGUUUGUUCUCCAUGUGCCCAGUGAUGACAACAAGCAGAAGGGGGAUGUGGUUCUACAGAGCGACCAUGUGAUUGAGACCUUGACUAAAAUCGCCAUCUGUGCCGAUAAAAUAAAUACCAUCAACAUCAACCAGGGCAGUAUAAAGUUUACAGUGGGUCAGGGGAAAGAAGGGAUCAUUGACUUUACACCUGGAUCAGAACUACUGGUGGCCAAGGCAAAGAACGGACACUUGUCUGUGACGGCUCCCAGACUGAACUCCAGAUGAUGGCCACUCUGACCACACACACCAGGACCUAUGUCCUCCUAACCUCUCCCAUCCUCCAAUCACAUGACCGCAGACCCCGCUCUGCCUAAGCCAAUCAGAUGCCAGCUGUCCUUACACAGCUGACAUGAGCUUCCAAUUAAUUUUUUUUUUUUUUUAAAUCCAGCAAAACUAAUUGAUAUAUUUAUGUUUCUAUAUUAUAUUUUUGGGAUUAAUACUGUUGCUGUUUGAAUAUUCUGAUUUUAUAUAUAAGGCCAAGGAAUAACAAAUAUGCUGGUGCACUUUUCUUGCACCCUGCAUGUUAAUUGUGCUUUAUUUGGAAACAUGACCAAGAAAACCAUGAGGGACAUGACAGAAUUGGAGACAACAAUAAGAAGGGGAUUGUUGUUGAUGAAAAUCAGGGUUAGUUGUUGCCUGCUGCCUUUUUUUCUGCUUUGUAAUAGGCACAAUUGUGCUCCUCAUACUACUAUUUUCUAACUGGGGCUGCUUGCUUGUUAUUGAAGCAUGGAGGUGUCUAGAACAAAGCUGUCGGUAUGUAGGCAUUCUGUUGAGAGGAUCAGGGAUGAGGAGGAACAACUUUUCACCAAAUGAGAUGGAACUGUUGGGUAUAGUACUGCUUAUAUGUAGUUUGAGGCAGAUUUAGUAAGGGAGCUAAUCAUGAGGCAAUCACUAAAUUAUGUAAGAAGAAUGUGCAGUCAAAAUGAAAGAACUGAAGAAUGUGAGGAAAAGGCAAAAGAAAGAGCAAAGAAAGAUGAAUGGAUGCAGCAUUGAUCUGCCCUGACGCCAGGUGCUUGUGCCUUUCUAUUGACUAAUUUAUCCAUAAUAGUGGAUCCAAAAACUGAUAACAUGAAAACAUUCUGUUAAUAGAAAUCACUGUACAGUAUAUCAAACUUGCAGCUCCUGUUCAGAAAACUUGCAACAUGCUCUGACAUGACUGAAAGCCCCAGCAUUGCUUUGUGUAGGCGGCUACAUUUCAUCAGUUUUUUUUCCCCUCAUUGCCUCUGUUUUUUUUCUCCAGACUCAACUAUUACCUGAGUGUUGGAUUUCUUAGAGAAAAUUUUCCGUCUGUGAACUUGUACAGUUUUAAAACAUCAUUAAGACCAGAAUAUGAGACUAAAUCCAUUUUGUUGAUCGUGUAGGAGUCAAUUUUGGUUGUGCUGUAUGUUAUCUAAAUGUUUGACAUCUCACACUGACCUUUUUAAAGAAAUGGUUAUUUUUUAGGGGGAACUCAAUAGCAAUAAUCUGUCAUAGCAGGAUGAGGCUACAGCUAGCAGUUAGCAAGAUAACUUGGCAUAAAGAGAAAUCUGAGAUUUCUCUGAAUUUGUCAAAAGAAUCACCUUUAAAUUUUUGUUUAGCAUAUGAUUUCUCAUUUUUUAAGCAUGGGUAAAGACCUGUAUGAAAAAUGUGUUUUUAUUGGGUUUAAUGCAAUACUGUCUAUAAUGACUUUUUUGUGCUCUCUUUCUGCUAAGCUAAGCUGUUUGCUAGCUGUAGCCAUAUUGUUAUGAGAGAAGUCUAUCUACUCAAUCUUGCUCUCUGCACAAAAACAGCAUACCAGUGAAUUUCUGAAACUGUUGAAGCAACCCCUUGACUCAAGAAAGAUUUCUUGCUCUUGUCAGGGCUGAAAAACACAGGUAAUUAUUAAAAUAUUAUUGCAUUGUACUUAAGAUAUGACAAUGCCCAGGUUAAGAGCCUUUUCUGUUAGCUCUGAUCAUACCUAACAGGUGAGACCAAACUAUGACAGUUGUGUUAAACUUAGAGAGAAGCUCUGUUUUUGUUAUUCCAGAUGUCGCUCCAUGACUUUCUCUGCCUGACGGGUGCAAUAAUACCUGAGGCAGGACUGUGCUAUUGCACUUAAUCUCUGUUAGCCAAAGAAGUGACCCUGUUGAUUUAUAAGUGAUUCUGUGUUGUAUGAUUUUAUGAUAUUAUUAUGUCAGUUAUGAAUGUUUUUUGUUUGGUUUUUUUGGGAGGCAAAUGUGUAUGUACACUUUGUGUUCUGUGUAAUAAAUGAGAGACUCAAGCCAA